UAUUGUGAAGAAGUACGGUACACCUAUCCUUACAUUUGCUCUCUGACCAUUUACCCUUGCAUCCAUGUAACUGAUAAGAGUGCAAGACACUCAAUCUGCUACCAGAAAAUUGACUUCGUCAAACAUGAAACCUGUGAUAAACGCGAGAAAUUCGGUGGUGCAGUGUAGCGUGGCAGCAAUCACGAUCUUGUUUUUUUCGGAGCUCACGUAUGCAAGUCUGCCCUCCCUGUCCGGAACCAAAAUGUUCGGCGAUCCUACAAGGACAACACGUUCGGGAUUCCCUGCUGCUCCUACUAUAAGAUCAAGCCUUCCUGCCAUAGCGAACACUCUUCGGGGUGUCCACUGGGCAGCUCAAAGUAAAGCGGGUGGCGUUUUGACAGGCAUCGUCGGUGCCCUCCGUGACGUGAAGUCAACACUACCGGGUGCCCACCAGCGCGUCACCAAUGUUCUCGGGCCUUAUUCUGGCGAUGUCAGGGCGCCAAAAGAGCUUGUGAGCUUUCUACGAGACGCGGCAAAUGCAUCUGAGGAAAGCCUGUGGGCGGUGGAAAAAGGCCAAGUCAAAGCGCUGUCUCCAGAAAGGGUCAAUGCCGCAGGGAAAUCAUGGGGCCAAAAAGAAUAUUUGGAUCCACCUGCUAACCCAAACCAAGAGCGUGCUAUCGUAGACAGUUUCUUAAUGGCAGCUUUGAGCUCUUCAGAAUAUUGGCCCCACGUAGAAGAGAGAGCCUGGUACAACUUCUUCAAGUGGCCCUCGGAACGAAACAAGAAGUCGCUGAUUGAAAAAAUCAAGGCGGCAGCGAUGCCAGCGUUUCCAUUCGAUGCCAUUAAGCAUCGUAACAGGGGCCCGCUAGAACGAUUUAAAAGUAUCCUGAGCGGUUAAGGAAGAAUAUCCACUGUGAAGCGUCUAGCAUUACCUGAGAAACGUAAGGCGGUCCUCUUACGGAGUUA